AUGACGACAGCCACCUUCCAGCACAUCGACACCAGCUCCUAUGAGGGCAAGCCGUGGUCCAAGGUCGAUGGCCCUGGCAAAUCCUACAUCGACCGCCCCCACCAGCGCACCGUCUCUAGCCUCCGUGGCCGUGAGACUGACUUUUCACUCAACGCCAACGGCUUCGCCAUCAUACACUCGCCCGCCAUUGAGAAGCUCUUCGCGAGUGAUGAAGCCGUUCGCGGGGGCUACUACGGCGAGGUCGAGGCGCUGAUCCGCAAGCACAUACCCGAGCGCCUCAAGAAGGUGGAAAUCUUUGACCACACUGUCCGCCGUCGCCAGGCCAAUUCCCCUCGUCAGCCCGUGCAGCAGGUCCACGUCGACCAGACAGCUGCUGCGGCUGCUGCGCGCGUCCGUCGGCAUCUACCCCUCGAAGCUGAAGAGUUGCUGGGCAGUGGCGGGGGACGCUACGCCAUCAUCAACGUCUGGCGGCCCAUCGAGUACGCUGCCGUCGAUGUCCCCCUCGCCGUAGUGGACUGGAAGACGACCGACAGAGAUGAUUAUGUCGCCGUCGACCUCCUCUACCCCAAGCGUGCUGGGGGCGCUGCCGAGGACGAGGACGAUCGUGGCAAGGAGAAGCUGCCUGAUCCUGAGACGAACGACUCUGUGGACGGGUACGAGCCUCGCGGUGAGCACUUCCAAGUGGCGCCCAACGAGAGCCACAGGUUCUACUUUCAGAAGGACAUGACGCCUGAGGAGGCGCUCCUGAUCAAGUGCUAUGACUCCUUUGGACACGGCGAGCCGCGCGGUGUGGAGGGAUUGGCGGUGAGAACGCCGCAUAGUGCGUUUCGUGAUGGGGAUGCACCGGAGAACGCGCUUCCUCGGCAGAGCAUUGAGGUGCGAUGCCUGGUCUUCUAUGAGUGA